AUGCCCAAUAUCGAGGCUGCCUUUGCCGCCAAUGGAUUCUUCUUCAUGCUCUGCAAUACCUUCGCGGGGACGCUUUCGCCAAAGCCGGUAACCCCCGGCUGGCGUUGGUUAUACAAUAUCUCUCCCCUCUUCUACCUAGGCGAGGGCGUUACUGUGGAUGUGCUGCAAGAUUUGCCCUUUCGAUGCAAGGAAUCCGAGAUUUCAAUAUUCUACCUGGCGAAUGGGACAAGCUGUGGCCAGUAUGCUCAGGAUUUCCUAAAAGUCGCCACGUGA